AUGGGUAGAUCCUGAAGCCAUGAUUCAAUGGAUGUCAAGAAGGAGAGUCAGGAGGAAACUCCUCACUCAAGCACAUCUUCUGCACAAGGAUUAAGUGAUGAUUUUCACUGGGACAAGUAUUUGGAAGAGACUGGAUCUUUAAGUGCUCCUUCAGAGUGCUUCAGACAGUCUGAAAUUCCACCAGCCAAUGACUUCAAAGUUGGUAUGAAGUUGGAAGCCCAUGAUCCUCGUAAUGUUACUUCAGUAUGUAUUGCUACAGUUAUUGGAAUUACUGGGGCCAGAUUACGUUUACGGCUGGAUGGUAGUGACAAUAGAAAUGAUUUUUGGAGGCUUGUUGAUUCCCCGGACAUUCAGCCUGUUGGGACAUGUGAAAAGGAAGGAGACUUACUUCAACCUCCACUGGGCUACCAGACGAAUGCGUCAUCUUGGCCAAUGUUUCUCUUACGAACACUAAAUGGAGCUGAAAUGGCACCUGCGACAUUCUUUAAGGAGGAACCACCAAAGCCACCUCUAAAUAAUUUUAAAGUGGGGAUGAAACUUGAAGCUAUAGACAAAAAGAAUCCUUAUAUGAUCUGCCCUGCAACAAUUGGAAAUGUUAAAGGAGAUGAAGUUCAUAUCACAUUCGAUGGCUGGAGUGGAGCUUUUGAUUAUUGGUGCAAGUAUUAUUCUCGAGAUAUUUUUCCAGUUGGGUGGUGUCGUCUGACAGGAGAUGUAUUACAACCACCAGGAAAGAGUGUUCGUAUUGUAAAGAAUAAAGCAAAAACACAGGCUUCCUCUUCCAAGCAUUCAAUGCAGUCUCCACAGAAAACUGCUGUAAUAUUACCAACACAGCAGGUCAAGAAAUCAGGUCGAACUAAACCACCUGGACGUGCUUCAGUCCCCAAGAAGGGCAGUACUCUUAAAACUACCACACCAAGGAAAAAAGGUCCAAAUACAGAAAAAAAGCAAAAAUGUUUUCCUGUGCUAUGUUCUACAUCUUCAGCUUCUAUACGUUCGCUGGCCAGAAACCGUGGCAUUUCAUAUGAUAUGGAUGCCAUUCCUGGGACAUCUAAAAUAGUGAUGUCUACAGUCUGUGUCUAUAUAAACAAACAUGGAAACUCUGGCCCUCACCUGGAUCAAAAGAGAAUCCAGCAGCUGCCUGACCACUUUGGCCCGGGCCCCGUGAAUGUGGUGCUCCGGCGGACCGUGCAGGCCUGUGUGGAUUGUGCCUUUCAGCCUAAGACUGUUUUUGGAUUCCUUAAGCCAGAUAAUCGUGGAGGAGAAGUGAUAACUGCCUCCUUUGAUGGGGAAACUCAUUCCAUCCAGCUCCCUCCAGUGAAUAGUGCAUCAUUUGCUCUUCGCUUUCUUGAGAACUUGUGCCACAGCCUCCAGUGUGCUGACCUUUUGAGUAGCAAGCCUUUCAGCUCUUACAAGGGUAAUACUCAUAGCCCUGCAGAGAGUGAUAAAAGUAAAUCAGUAAAGGAAGAGAUAACAGAAAACAUAAGCAUCAAACGACCUCCUCAGCAACCUCUACCUUAUGUUGUUCCUCUCUCUCCUAAGCUGCCCAAAAUAAUGGUGCAUGCCUCUAAAGAAGAGCCAUUGUCUCCUGAGGGAAAUGGCAUUCCCAAAGAGGAAAAGCUUUCUGAAGAUUCCAAGAGCUCUUCACUAAAUUCAGGAAAUUCUUCAGAUCCUGCCUGUAGAAAUCCUCCAUACUCUUCAGUCUCCAGGGAUUUUUCUCAAAAUGUACCGGGCACCUCAAGUUCAGCACUAGUUGGGAGCAAAUCAUCUACUAAGAGCAGUUACCAUGAAGUUAAAUUCCAAAUGCAAAGGAAAAGUGAAGCUCCAAGUUAUAUAGCUGUACCUGACCCCAGUGUCCUGAAACAAGGCUUCUCUAAGGACCCUUCAACCUGGUCUGUGGAUGAAGUGAUACAGUUUAUGAAACAUACAGAUCCUCAGAUAUCAGGCCCCCUCGCCGACCUCUUCAGGCAACAUGAGAUCGAUGGGAAGGCCCUGCUACUACUCAAGAGUGAUGUGAUGAUGAAGUAUAUGGGUCUGAAGCUGGGGCCAGCAUUAAAGCUAUGUUACUACAUUGAAAAACUUAAAGAAGGAAAAUACAAUUGA